AUGGAUCCUAGCACACAGUGGUUGAUGCAUCCCAUUGUACAGAUGAUAAGUGAUAAAACGUCUGCAAAAUGCAAUUCUUUGAAAUAUUUAAACCCUACUGGGACCAGUUCCCAUCCCUACUCAUCCCAUGCACUUACCACUGAUGCAAACGAACACGGCACUCUGCCUCAUUCACUGGAUUAUGAUAAUGUGAAGUCCCCUGGAAAAACAGCUGGUCGAAGGGAAGGAAGCGGUCUGCCGUGGACAAAACAUCCUCGACACGUUUUCCUAUCUCCAACCAAACCCCUAUCACCAGGAGGGCUUGCUGCCAGUCUCCAAAAGGGCAGUGAAUUGUCAGUUCCGAAGAGAGUAGCAAAUUUGCCAGUCCUAGAGGCGGCGGCCACACGUAAAAUUUUUUGGGAGCGUCGCACGUGGUCUUGCAGAUACAGACCUGAAUAUAUCGCCUGCGCGAAAGUGAAGUCCCCUGGAAACACAGCUGGCCGAAGGGAAGGAAGCGGUCUGUCGUGGAUAAAACAUCCUCGACACGUUUUCCCAUCUCCAACCAAACCCCUACCACCAGGAGGGCUUGCUACCAGCGCAUGGACUGGUCGAAGGGAAGGAAGCGGUCUGCCGUGGACAAAACAUCCUCGACACGUUUUCCCAUCUCCAACCAAAUCCUUACCACCAGGAGGGCUUGCUGCCAGUCUCCAGAAGGGCAAUGAAUUGUCAGUUCCAAAGAGGGUAGCAAAUUUGCCA